AUGCACUUCCCAAGCGGUCAAACCACCACUGGUUUCGCGUGCCAAAUGAUAAUAGCUGUUACAGAAAACAAGAUUAACCAUUUGGCGAGCCAACUCUUUGGCGUACACUUGGAGACGCUUUCAGGCCUUCGCUAUGUCUGCCUUCCUGGCGGUGCUAGGGUACUGCCUAACGACAAAAUAAUUCUUCAAGACUGUGAUCUCGAUAUUCUUCUGCCUACAUUCGGACCUGAGGCAUGUGUCGCAAUCAGGGCAAACCCAAUGUACCAGGAAGAGCGCAAGUGGGGACGCAGCAGGACACAGUGCAUCUCAAUGGUGAUAUCACACGUCGCCGUUGAUGAAGCUCUUAUUUGUGUGAAUCUCGGCUUGCGAGAAGGUGUUUUGAUAAAAGAGACGCUGUAUCAAUGA